GCUAGCCAAUAUGGACGACACCAGCAUGGAAAAAGAGAUAAACACAUCAGCACAUGCAGAUUUUGACGAGCUUGGUCUUGAUGAAUGGCUCGUUAAUCAAUGUAAACAAAUGGGAUUAUCAAAACCUACAGAGAUUCAGCAGAAUUGUGUUCCACACAUUUUGAAAGGUGAAGACUGCAUAGGAUGUGCCAAGACUGGAAGUGGGAAAACAGCAGCCUUUGCCUUGCCCAUCCUACAGAAGUUGUCAGAGGAUCCAUAUGGGAUAUUUGCGCUCAUUCUCACCCCGACUCGAGAACUGGCCUUCCAGAUCUGUGAGCAAGUCAGUGUUUUGGGUAAACCUGUCGGAGCGAGAGUGACUGUCAUCACAGGGGGACUAGACAUGAUGCAGCAGGGCCUGGAUCUGCAGGUGAAGCCCCAUAUUGUCAUCUCCACUCCAGGCCGCCUUGCUGACCACCUUGACAGCUGCGAUACAUUCUCUCUCAAGAAAAUCAAGUUCUUGGUAUUAGAUGAGGCUGACCGGCUUAUUGAGGACGACUAUGGGGAACAACUGGAGGCGAUAUUCCGAGUGUUACCUAAGAAACGGCAGACCCUACUGUUCAGUGCCACCAUGACACAGACUCUCCAACAGCUCCAGGAGGUGGCACUCAACAAACCAUUCUUCUGGCAGCAGAACUAUGAUGUGGUGACGGUGGAGCAGCUGAAGCAGUACUAUGUGUUGAUGUCUGCUGACGUAAAGGAUGCGUACAUGAUGCACUUGCUUGAUGUCUACUGCACAGACCAUCCCAAAUCCUCAGUCAUGAUCUUCACAUCCACAUGCAAGUACACCCAGAUUCUGGGGAUGGUGUGUCAGGAGCUGGGCUUUGACUGCGUGGUCCUCCACUCCAUGAUUCGACAAAAGGAACGUCUUGCGUCUCUCGCCAAGUUUAAGUCCAACCAGGUGAAAAUCCUCAUCGCCACAGAUGUCGCUUCAAGAGGCCUGGACAUUCCGACAGUUGACCUUAUCAUCAACCACAACAUUCCCAACAAACCAAAGAACUACGUGCACCGAGUAGGCAGAACCGCCCGGGCAGGUCGGGGAGGGAUGUCUAUAUCUCUGGUGACCCAGUUUGACAUCAAGUUAGUCCACGCCAUAGAAGCCACUGUCAAGACAAAGAUGGAGGAGUACCCGACAAAGGAGAAGGAGGUGAUGAAAAUCCUCACUGAGGUCGCCGUUGCACGCAGGGAGGCAGAAAUUAAGCUUGAUGAGCGAGAUUUCGGAGAACAGAAGGAGAUCAACAAGCGGAAGAAGCUUAUACAGGAGGGCAAGAACCCAGAUGAAGAAGAACGGAAACGAAAGAAGAUGAUUAAACAGAAAUUCCGCAAACAUCGGGCAAAUAUGGCCGUACAGGAGGAGCGGAAAAUACAGAAAAGAGAUAAAAUUCUGGCCAAGAAGAAGCUGAGGGCCAAAGGGAAGGGAAAAGUGACUUGAAUGUAGAGUUUUAUUGUGGGAAAUCAUGUUUAUCUAUGAUCCAUGUGGGCUUUCAAAACAGGCGUGUGUAGUACUUGUUACUGGGUAUUUUCUCAUCUCCUGUAUGCUGUUUUAAAAGCUGUAUUCUUUUCAUGAAAGUGUUUUUUCGAAAUGUGCUAGAAAGAUAUAUUAAUGCUUAAAUUUAUGAUCUACUUUAUAUUAAGGGAUGAUUGAUUAAUAUAUUAUAAUAUCAAGCACACGUUUUGUUACUAUAUGUGAAGACAACUGCAUUCCUGGUAAUAAUAUGAAAGAUUGAACGAACUGAUGCCAUCAUUAGUAUUAUUUUUUCAUUUAGAUGGUGUUUGGGACAGUGUUUUUGACAAAUGAUGUGAGCAAAAUAAUGAAUUACAGCAAUGCAGUUUAUGGGUUUCAAGAAUAUAUAAUUGCAUCAGUGGAAGAUUUAUGGAUUGUAAAUUCCCUGAAGCUAAUUGGUAUGCAACCUAUAUUGAACUGCUUGAUUGUAAUAGAUUACUGCAAGGUACUUACUAUUAUUGAUUGAGUUAGCGAUAUUCUUUGACACUGACCUAUACUUCAUCAGUGCAACAUGAUGUUGAGAAGUGUGUUAACAAUGAAUGUGAGGGUUUUGCUGUUUGACAUUAAUAAUGUUACUUCCAUGAAGAUAUUGAUGUAUGUAGCAGAAAAAAAUAAAUUUGAAAAUCGUUAA